AUUGCUAGAGGUCAGGAACCAGUUUAGUAAAUGACGACAAGAAGUAACUGCGCUAUGAUAUGCAUUUCAAUAUUGUGUGUGCACACACAAGUCGUUUUUACUUUGGUCACUUUAAAAUAUGCGAAAUUGGAUUCGGGCAUUGACAAGAAAGACUGAAAAUUAUACACGAUUGCUGUGUUUUAUCAUCGUCUCGUUUUAUUAUACGAGAUAAAAUUUCUGUUGCUAGCAAUAUGUGAUGAUCACAAGGCUUUUGGGGUCAGCAAGUUUCAGAAUGUCUCAUCUUGGUUUUCAUAUUAUCAGCAUCGAUCAUUCAAUCUAAAUCAGUUUAAAACAUAAUUGUGCAGUUGUCACUUGCUAUUUAAGGGACUAGUUAUUUUGGGGCAAAAUGCAAAGUUUGACAAAAAUGAAGAGUGAGAGUGCAUUUAUAUCUGCAUCAGUUUUAACUUUGUUACUCCCCAUAUCAGUUUACUUGAUACUUGUGGCUGUGGAAAUUAAAGGCCACGGGAGAUUAAUGAACCCACCCGCACGAAAUGCAAUGUGGAGGUUCGGAUAUGCAGUACCUACAAAUUACGACGACAAUCAGCUUUGGUGUGGUGGGGCUCAAAAAUAUUAUGAGAAUGGAGAAAAAUGCGGCGUAUGUGGUGAUGACUUCGCUGAACCCAGCCCAAGAGAUCAUGAAACUGGGGGACAGUUUGCGAACGGUAUCGUGGUAAGAAGAUACGCUCCUGGACAGAUCAUUGAGACUGAAAUACAAAUCACAGCCAAUCAUUUAGGUUAUUUUGAGUUCAAAUUAUGUCCUGUAAAAGACGAAACGAAGGAAGUGACUGAAGAUUGUCUCAAUGAAAACACGUUAAAAGUUUUGAAUGGGGAAACAUGGGAUACAAAAUAUUACGUGACCUCGGAUGAAAUGGCCAAAGACUUUAUUGUAAAGGUCAAGCUGCCACACCACCUCACUUGCAACAGAUGCGUAAUGCAGUGGACGUACAUUGCUGCGAAUACUUGGGGGGUAUGUCCAAAUGGGACAGAAGCCAAAGGAUGUGGACCCCAAGAAGUCUUUAAAAACUGCGCAGACGUUGGGAUCAUUAUGAAUUCUGGAUCGUGGCCACCUGGCAAGCAACCUAUUUUCGUUACACCUCCUCAAAAUGCAAUUUUAGAACCAGAAAAGGAAGGCGAUAAUGGCAAAAGAAAAUAUCUGGUUGUGAAGUCUCAAGUUUGUGUGGCUACUAAGGAGAAUCCAGGGAUUGAUGAUUGGUGUCAAAAAAAUUGUCUCCGGUACCCACAAAACUGCCCAGAAGACAAAUGCAAAUGUUUACAAGGUUGUCACGCCAUUGGCAGCUUUAAGGAAAAUGAUGGAGCUGACUCCUACUGCCAGUACAACUGCUUAGUAAAUCCGCCUAAAAACUGUACUGCUGAAAGGUGUUUAUGCUUUUAGGUGAAGAUUUGCUUAACAGAAAAUAAAAUAUAACCGUCAUAUGUUAA